AUGGCCGACAACCAGAUCUCUUCCAACAUGCUGGACACUACCGGACGGCCUCGAACCCCAUCUCUGCCCACUCCAGUCGGAUCCAAAACCCCUCCUACCAUCUCAAGCAAGCGGUUCCUGGAUCGACCAGAAACCUCCAGCGCCAUGCAGCGAGCCACCGAAGCAAUGGAAGCCGAUGCUUUGCAGCGAAGAUUAAAGGAGAUUGAAAAUGCUGGGCGGCCAAGAGACAGAACCCCAGGCCGAAGCCCUAGUCGUAAGCGACAGCGUGUAUAUGGAGAUCGAUUCAUCCCCAACAGGGACGGACAGGACCUACAGGCAAGCUACAGCCUUCUGCAUGACGACGGAUCACCUGCAACCCCAUCAAGAUCGAAGAAGAAGACGCCUCACGGUGAACUCCAUUUCCAGAGAACAGAAGAAGCCAACAGAACGUAUUCCAAAGUCCUCCGCAAUGAAUUGAUGGGCGACUCCGUGCCUCAAGAUUACCGAUCUCUAUCACCAGACGAACUAUUUGGCCGACGACAGACACCCCCAGGCCUACCAUCAGCCUCCGCCGUACCACCGGCUUCCAUUACUCCUACAACUCCCCACAAAAACAUGUUCUCAUAUAAGUCCCCGCAAAAACUGAUAGGAUCUGGCCAUCCUACACCGUCAUCUAGAACUGGUAAACAUCCUGGCAUAAUCAACCUAAAUGCGAGGUCUGAUUUAUACUCCAUCUCACCUAUCAACUACUCCUCACAGUCCAUUUUACAAACACCCCGCAAACAACCUCGACCCAUAGCCAAAGUCCCGUACAAAGUAUUGGACGCUCCAGAAUUAGCAGACGACUUCUACUUGAACCUGGUGGACUGGGGCUCAGCCAACAUCCUUGGUGUUGGCUUGGGCUCCUGCGUCUAUAUGUGGAACAGUGCUACUGGGAAGGUCACACAGCUCUGCAAGUUGCCCGAUAACGAUCUGGUGACAUCGGUGGCGUGGAUUCAACGUGGUUCACAUCUCGCCAUUGGAACUCAUAAAGGGUUUGUUCAAAUCUACGAUGCCGAAAAAUCUAGGAGGUUACGGACCAUGACAGGUCACUCCGCUCGUGUUGGCGCACUGGCUUGGAAUGACCACAUAUUGACAUCAGGGUCAAGAGAUCGAUUGAUUUACCAUAGAGAUGUCCGAAGUCCAGAUCAGUAUUUACGUCGUUUGGCAGGUCACAAGCAGGAGGUAUGUGGCUUACGAUGGAACACCGAAGACGGCCAGCUUGCGUCGGGCGGAAACGAUAACAAGCUUUGUGUGUGGGACAAGCUUUCCGAAACACCAUUGUACCGAUUCUCGAACCAUGUAGCGGCGGUCAAAGCAAUCGCUUGGAGUCCUCAUCAACAUCACCUUUUGGCGUCUGGUGGCGGAACUGCAGACCGGUCCAUUAAAUUUUGGAACACCUCAAAUGGAACCCUCGUUAAAGAGGUUGACACAGGGAGUCAGGUUUGCAACUUGGCCUGGAGCAAGAACAGCGAUGAAAUAGUCAGCACUCACGGGUACAGUCAGAAUCAGAUCGUGGUAUGGAAGUAUCCAAAGAUGGAGCAAGUCGUCAGUCUAACUGGCCACACAUACCGUGUUCUUUAUUUGAGCGCAAGUCCAGACGGCACCACUGUUGUGACAGGAGCGGGAGACGAGACUCUCCGCUUUUGGAGAGUAUUCGGCAAGAAGGGUAACGAGGGAAGAAACAGUGAUGGAAUGUCGGGUGGUCGGUUGGGAGAUUGGGGCUCCAUUCGAUAA